CUUCAAACCUGACUUCUGUACCCCAGACGGAACACAUGGGAUGACUUCCGUCAGAUCCACUUCAACCUCUAACUCCGUACCGUCCAGCCAGCCUUGGCUUCUUUUCUCCAGAGUCAAGACACUCUAGCCUGCACCAGGCACCCCAGUCACCACCACCGCCUCAAAAGUCUCCUGGUAGUAAUCGAAGAUUGAAUCCAGUCCGCAAGGCUGAUGUCACGAACCCAACUAUUGUGCUGGUAAGGUUAUGCCUAAUACGACCUACUCGUCCAUCAUCACCGAUUCAACCUGUACCCCAACACAGGCCAACAAACCUUACAUCUAGAUCAUCCUCCCCAAAGAUGGCGCAAUCUCCAGAUUAUCAAUCUUCGCCAUCACCAAUCUCGUCCACUCAUGCUCACUUACCACACUCUCCUCCUUCAGUCGAAACCCUGGUCGAAUAUCUGGUCUCGGCAAAGAAAUCACUCGGGAGCUUCAAUCUUGUUCACCGUGCCACAACCAUUCUCCUUGAAACACGUACCUCUCUAGAAUCCACCACUGCUCUUCUAGCAAAGACCUGCUACCUUCGAAAAUCAUUGGCUGCCCAAGUCAAAAUCCUCCGCCGUGUUCAAUUUGAAUUAGAGGCUGCCGCCCAGGCCAUCCAACAUGAUUUCGAAGCCGUCAUUCGAGAGCUUGAUGACACGGAUUCAAGGCUCCACCAAUACAUUCAACUCCUCAAAGACACUCAGAUUGAGCAAGCCUUCAACCCUACUUCCUCUUCCGGACCUGGCCUCUUCCCCCAUGCACCCAAAGAGACCCUUCACGACUUUGUCGAUGACAAGGGUAUCGACACCAUCAAAAAUGCCAUGAAAAUAGCCAUUGACAACGCUCAAGCCGCCCAUCAUGAUAUCAACCAAUCCAUUCAUACCUUGGAAGAAGACCUUCAAUCAGUCAGCCAAGUCCUCCACAACCGCAUCGACGCCUCUGGUACCGAAAGCGAGCUUCAAGCCCCAACCAUAUCCAGGACACUGGAAAUUCUCGAAACCCAUGCACGUGAGAUGGCCCAAGGUCUCACCUCCUUAGCUCGCCACUUUGACCAAUGCGUCAAAGCCCUCAAGCACACCGAAGGUGGUGGAGAAGCAGUCUUACAGACCAUGUCAGACGAAGACUCACUCCGAGGAGCCAUGAGCCAAGGGCUCGAUGAUCAGAUGCGAGAUUCUACCAACCCCAUCACGGAAGAAGAAAGACUUGAACUCCUUCAAGUAGUCGAGUCUGACGCCGCCCAAGUCGAUGAAGUGGUCCUAGAACUCCAAGAUCGCAACGCCGAUAUGGAAUCCCAUCUCGAGCGAGUCUCGCUGUGGCGCGAACGCCAGGAAUCCGCCUACGGCGACGUCAUCACAGCAUUCAAACUCCUCGAUAAGAUCGGAUCCCGCCUUCAAAGCUACGUCGCCGAUACCGCCCGGCAUUCAAGUCGCUGGAACCAGGAACGCGCUCAAAUCGAAGACGGCAUCAAUGGAAUGGAACAACUGUGCGACCACUACGCCAAUUUUCUACAUGCCUACGAUGGCUUAAUCGUUGAAGUCGCCCGACGAAGGGCAGUGAGGAAACAUAUGGAACGAGUUGUGGCCGAGGCACGAGAGAGAUUAGACGUCUUGUAUGAACAAGACGCUAAACUACGCGGAGACUUCCGUGAAACACAAGGCGAAUUCUUGCCUAGUGAUAUUUGGGCCGGUAUCAACCAUCUUCCUGCCCGCUAUUCAAUCGACCGACUCGAUGACAAUGACAUGGGGGUCGGCGCCGCUGGUGCUGCUGAAAGUAUUCCGGAUCUGCCGAGGAAAACUGUCGAGGAGGCUUUGAAGAGGUUGAAAGCGAGUGGACGAUAAUUGAUGAACUCAAUCGAUAACGUCCCAAGUCCUUGAGCAUUGUUCGAAAUUGUUCGAAUCGAACCUAUAUCUCCUUAAGGAGCUUGUCAUAGUUAGCUUUUUGUUCUUCUCUGUGGAAGUUCCUCAAACUUGAUACCCCGCGAUUUUGUCUCACGACCGCCAUGAAAUCAACAAUAAAC